AUGGAGCCCACGGCAGAACCCGGUCGGGAGCCAGGGGGUGAGCGGACGCGGGGGGAUGAGGGGACGCGGGGGGCUGAGGGGGCUUGCGUGACCGUGACCGGCUGCUCGGAGACUAGUGGGUCCUGGCUCUCCACAGGUCAGCAAGAUGGAGGCAAGCCCUUGGCUGCUGGGCCGGGGAAAGAGGAACCACAGCCGGGGCCAGUCCCCGAAACCCAGGCUGUCCCGAGUGAGGAGCUGCCACCCUGUGGCCCCAUCUGCCAGGAGAAGAAAUCGGAGGUCCCUGGAAGAUGUACUGAGGCUGACGCUGAGAGCGAGUGGCAGUCCAAGGUUCAACACCGAGACAGAAGUGCAGCCUCCAAACCCCAGCCUGGAGAGGAAGGGUCCUCCAUCCCUGGCAGAGAGGGCAAGAUGGCAAAGAAGUCCUGUGUCACAGCGCCCAGCAAACAGAAAAAGCCCAGUUCCCUGGGUCUGGCCUCAACAGCAGUUGCUGCUGUUACUGGCUCAGCCAACGCCACACACAACCCUGUGCCCUGUGGCUCAGGCCGGGGACCCUGCCACCUGGCCAACCUUCUCAGCACAUUGGCUCAGAAUAACCAAAACACAGAGCAGAGAAGGGCCCCCCCACAAGUGACUUGCCAAAUUAGGAAAAAGACUCGAACCCUGUACCGCUCAGAACAGCUGGAGGAGCUGGAGAGAAUCUUCCAGGAAGACCACUAUCCUGACAGUGACAAGCGCCAGGAGAUUGCCCAGACAGUGGGAGUCACCCCACAACGCAUCAUGGUGUGGUUCCAGAACCGCAGGGCCAAGUGGCGAAAAGUAGAGAAACUGAAUGGGAAAGAACACAAGGAUGACCCUCCAGCCCCGGGUCCGGCCCCUGCCAGUAGUGAGUGCAGAUCCACGACUGAGCCCCCACCUCCUAUGCCUUCGGACCCAGAGCCAGGGCCCUUCCUGCAGGAGCCACGUCUGGAUACGUUUCCAGAGCCCCCCAUGCUGCUGACUUCUGACCAGACACUGGCUCCAACCCAGCAGAGUGAGGGUACCCAGAGGAUGGUGGUGAGCCCACCACUGUUCAGUCCCCCACCCCUGCAGAGAGCCAACUUCCCUUUUCCCCUCGGCCACGCUCACACCCCCCAACUGAUGCCUUUACUGAUGGAUGUUCCCGCAAGUGACGGCAGCCACAGGGAUGGGCCCUGUGGAUCCUGGGGCACAAGUAUCUCCCCACCACCCACUUGCUCGUACUUGGAAGAGCUGGACCCUCCGGAUUACCAACACAGCAGCCAGCCAGGACCAUUCCCAUUCUCUCCGGCCCUCCAGCCUCAGCUUUUUCAGCCCUCCACACCCCAGUUCUCCUACCUCCCCCCUUUCCCCUUCCCCAUGCCCAGUUCACUGACACUUCCACUCCCAGAUGACCCAUUCUUCACGUUUCCUUGUGCUCCCAGCGGCGGGGGGAUGUCACAGGGCUAUUGCCCAGGUCCCCCAUCAGGGCAGAUGCUGCUACAGCCACCUGUCGCGAAUCUGGGGAUGGUCCCCUGGAGUGACCUCUGCUUGCCUGAACUGCCCUUCCCUGGUUCAUUCUGCCCACAAGCUCACGGACACCCCCCAGGAGGAAAUGGCUACUUCCCUGACCUGUUGCCAGCCCCCUGUGCUCAGGCUACAGGCAGGCAGCCUUCACCAGGGCUUGCCCAGCUGCCUGCAGGUGCCAGAUCAGGAGCUGGGCCCACGCCAGGCAAGAUACAAGAGGAGCAACCUGCCGUCACUCCGGAGCAGCCUUUAUUCCCAGAGGAGGCCAAGGAAGACAAGAACUACCGUGAAGCCUAACUGGGGGCCAGCGUGGAGGAGAGGCCACUCGGUGGACCAGGACUGGCCCAUCCACUCGCAAAAUAGUGUUUGAAGGAUUGGAAAAAGCUGUG